CAGCGAAUAGAGACAGGUCAAUGAGAGCACAACAGUUGUUGUUGCGCUUAUAUCAAAAUGCAUACGUGCAUAACGACCACACCAUGGCAUCUUGCUCUGCGAACACCCUUCACCAAGUCAUGGAUUGGAUGUGCAACAACCAUGACAUCAACAUGACCAAAAGAAAUGGAGGUGGUUCAUACGACACAUCAGCGUACAAGAAGUUUGUGAGAUUUUGGGCGAGAGAAAGUGAAAUGUUGAAGACAGGGGGUGGUGAGGAAUUGAAGUCGAAUGCAGCGGAGAUAUUGGCACUGAGCAGGAUGAACGAGGUCCCUCAAAGAGAUCCUAUUGACUACCAUGAACUGGCAACAAUGGUGGUGGACGGUGUCGAGUAUGUGCUACUAGACCAGAUUGUUGACUUUAUGAAGAGUGGAUGCGAGGACAAAAAUCUCAUUCACGAGGCAUUGCAUGAGGUGACGGAGGAGGCAAUAGCAGCAACGGAGGUUGUCGAUGUUGACUGCGUAAAGGAUCGCACACUCGACCUUGUAUCGGGGACUCCUGUGUCACGGUGGAACAUAUUCGAAGCUAUAGAGGAGCUGACCGCCGCAUCGACGGACGUGGACAGGAGGAGUAAGAGAAAGUGCGGAUGGCAAAUGCUUGUUGCAGAACACGACACCGCAAGGACACACACAACAGACACGACAGUGCAGGACAGAGGUGGCACAGUAUCUCUGGCGGAUGUCAGGACCGUGUUGAAGAAUCCUACUGCAAAUGCAGCGACUGUCCAUGGCGGACUCAGAGAGUGGAGAUUGGCACCCAGACAUCCUUCACGUGACUUCAAUGAAGGAGUCGAACAAUCAUCACAGAAGGGAGAUGAUGUGGUGGUUCCUUGUGACGAGAAGGGCGAUGCACAAACAGGACCGCAACAAGAGAACCCGACAUCAUCGGAGUCGGGAGUGAGUGGCAGUGAUACUAGGAGCGACGAGGUGGGCAAGGAAUACGAUCCUUAUUGCGACGUAAAGCGAGGUGGUGGUCAGGGGUCGAAAGGGUGGUGUCAUGCAAUUUUGAGGUUGGCGCGUGUUUUCUCGAAACCGCACCCGUUGAUACGUGUUAUGGACAAGGUGGCAACACCGGACGGGCGUCUACACUUCGCAGCAAUUAAGACAAUUAUGUCGUGCACGAAAAUGGCAAACGUUGGGCUAAGACAACAAAAUCAUGGUUUGUUCUCAUACACAAGGAGACCAUUCUGACGACAUCGCUGUCAUGGGGUGUGAACCUCAAUUGCGUCAUACAUGGAGCAGUUGCCACUGCAUGAGGCGGGACCGUGCACCCCUCACUGUCAACAGCGGCGGCAAUUAUACAUGCACAACUUACACUCUGUCGAAUUGGCACGAAAGACAACAAUAUCGAUGUUGCUAUGGACAUAGGCCAAACAUCAGAGGAACAAUCGAGACGGAGAAAAUUAUAGGGCUCUCUCUCUCUCUCUCUCUCUCUCUCUCUCUCUCUCUCUCACACACACACACACACACACACACACACACACACACACACACACACACGAACACACACACACACAGAGAUUAGAUAUUCUUAUUACCGU